AACGUUACGGUCAUAAUCGAGAAUAACAAUAACAGGAACGAUAUUCCUAAUAUGAAUUCUGCGAGCAAGGUGGGCGAGAUCUUUGCUGCAGCUGGAGUAGCUUUCAACAAGUUAGGUGAGCUAACAAUGCAGCUCCAUCCUACAUCGGAUUCCCUUGCAGGUAAAUGGGCUGACGAAGAUAUUGAGAUGCUCCGUCAGUCGGUCAGAGCCUUCAGUGAAGAAUUGAGCAGAAUAAGCGAGCACAUCAAGAGUCGGACGGUCUCUCAAAUUCGAACAACCUUGAAGAAGAAGACAUUCGAGGAAGCAGGAAUGACGGUCAGGCAACAACAGAUUCUACCUCAGCAGGCACAACAAUCCACAUUAGUUCAGCAACAGCAGGUCGUCAAGCAGCAAUCGACAUCGGGAAACCAGGGUCUUAUGGGAAAAUCGGCGGAAGUCACACUAAACAUGCUGAAUGCACCUGAAACGGAAGUAGACGUUGAGGGACUUCCCGAGGAAUGUCAAGUUAAGCUCGAAUUUGAAGAAGGUGCUACUGAAGAAGUCACUGGCUAAACUAGUUCAUUUGUUCAUAAGUAAAAUAAAUGACGGAAAAUCUGGUGAUACCAUCUUCAUUUUUGAUCACAACUUGUUCAUUCAACAUUCGGAUUUUAACUAGUUUUAAGCAUCACUCUCGUAACUCAUAAGUUAUCUUUUUGCAAUAAAUGUA